AUGGCUUGGAUCCAGUGCAGAACAAGGGCCGUGAUGGAGGCCUCAUCGGGUGGUGGCAACUGCAGUAUCCCCACAGUGAAGGCAUCCAACGACGCAUGUGACGAGGCCAAGCGCUUCAUCUUCAAAGCCUUGGACACGGUCGUGUCGGAGCCCAAGGUGCGAGUUCUUUUCGACUUCGAUUUGGUUGGAGAGGGAGUGUGGCACGGCGGUGGCAAGGAGGAACUGCCGGAGGAUAGCAAGGAUGAAUGGCACCGAAGGGCUUGCGAGUUCGACCUUUGUCGAAUUUCCCAUCAGGUGGAGAAGGCCCCGCCUGCAGACGUGAACGCUUCCAUGCCACGCCUGCUUCUGAUGCAGCCGUACGGUACUCCCCACAAGCGCCUCAGACUUCCGGAGGUUCCCCGCAUGAUCUUGGAAAGGCAUGAGUGGUACACUCAGAUAGAGAAGAUGCCGCUCAUGAACCUUCACUCCAAGUCGCCGGUAAUUGGGCCCAUCCUUCACAUUGAGGUUCCUCCUCCGCCUGACUUCGACCUGGAUGACCCAGAGAUCCGGAGCAAAGUCGAGCGGGGGGAGGACCUCGGCAAAGCCCACCAGGAGGACGGGCUGCCUGGAGCUCUUCACGGAAGCACUGGGCUUCUCUACGCCGCAAUGGCGUUUGAGGAGGACAUAGUCAACGUUCGGUUUCAUCCUGGCGGCAUUCUACUGGAAGGCAUGAUGGAGAUGUUCCUCCACUAUGGCCCAAAGCUGCGCACCAUCAGCUUGGAGGGAAAUGCAGGCUUCGUGACAGAGGACUCGCUGUCUCUCUUAACCUUGGCCGGCGAUACGGUGAAGACCCUCGACCUGGAGGACUGUGAUCUCAACCCAGGACACUUGGAGGCAAUUCUCCACACGGUCAAAAACCUGCGGGCAUUGCAGAUCCUGGACCUUGCAGGCAACAAGCUUGACGGUCCGACGGCACUCAACCUGGUUAGCGCACUCUGCGAAAGCCGGAUCGAUCUUGAUAUUAUACGAUUGGAUGGCAACCCUUUGGGCACGCCAGAGGUCUUUAAGAACGAGGUUGCAACUCUGCUGGCGAACCGGGGCGAGUCGGUCAUAGCCGGGGGAGACCUUGUGUUGCACUUGGGCGACGAUGCAGUGCGUUGGUGCUCUGGUCCUCGCGACGGGUCCUUGGCACGGAGGCUGCGCGAGGAGGGUGGCGACGUGGUGCGCACAUCCUCCCUCAAGGAGAUGGACCGCUUGGUUGCGCAGACGGAGGCGCAGAUCCUCAAGUUCCAGCAGAACGACCCCGCAGCGAAGUCCUCCGGCGGCCGCGACUGGCUUCGGCGUCGGCGGUUCCAGAAUGCCAAGGCGCCAGGUAAGUGGAUUCGGUUGGAUUAG